AUGAUGUUGGCCGCACGGACCAUACAGAACCAUCCUGCCCCCAAUCCCAGCAGUGGCAGUACAGCUGGUACCAGCAGCAACAGCAGCAUCUCUGAGGUCUCUGCCUCGAAAUACAACCUUCGACCGCGUCUCCAUCAAUCUCCUACGAAGGGAAAGCUUCCUACCACCACCGAGACCACAGACUCUGUUUGCGCCCCAGAAACCCCCGGCGCCGGCAAGAUGUCGACUCAGACGGGCAAGUUCCGCGAGGACCAGGUCCUCAUCAUCUGUCCUGGCAGCCAGACGACUAUGGCCCAGCUGGGAUGCGGCGAGCUGACCCCGCCGGUCCAUCGCCUGCCGACGCGCAUGUUCAAGGAUGAAGAGACGGAUGAGUGGCGCCCUUAUCACACGUUCAAGCGCAAGAAGCAGGGCCUCAAUGGCGCGCUUGCGAUCGACGGGCCGCGCCCUGACGACGACGAAUAUGAGUGGGUGGAAGACACAGACUCAAGCGAGGGCGCCGUCUACCCUCUUCAAGGCGGUCGCAUCGCCAAUAUGGAGGCAUUCCUGGCCUUUCUCGACCACGUUCACAGCAUGCUCACCACCACCUACCACAACACCCCGAUCAUGCUCAUGGCGUCGCCCCAAUGGACACGUCCCGAUAACGAAACGAUCGCGCGCUACAUCUUCGAAAAGACGCGUACUCCUGCCCUCUGCAUGAUUCACAGCGGCAUCGCUACUCAGUACGGCAUCAAGUGGCCCAACGUGACGGUAGUGGACAUUGGCUACGAGAAGGUGGACGUGACUUGCAUACACGAUGGUCGCGUGGUCAGUCACUCUGAACUGGGUGCUCCCAACCCCGAGCGCUUCAUUUCUGGUGGUGAGAUCUUCACGCGCAAACUUGUCGAGAAGCUCAAGAGCAAGGACUUCACAUACGACAUGGCGGAGCAGCUGAAGAAGAGCCACAUCUGUGAAGUGCUCCCGUAUGCGCCCACCGCCAAGAACCUGAUGGAACUGCCAACGACAUCGACUGUCGGCGCUGCUCCUAUUAGCGCACCCGCCCCUGAGGCGCCCCAGGCCAGCGAGCCUGCGGUGCGCGCUCCAGCUGCUGACGAUGAGCCCGAGGAACCUAAGGGCGACGAAGGAGUUCUCGAUGUGGCUAGCAUUGUUACCGCAGGUAAUGCGCGCGAUUUUCUCGCCAAGAAGGAGAAGGAGAAAGCGGAGAAGGGCAAGGGAGGUAGAAAGGGCAAGGCGGCCCAGGAGGCCGAGGCUGCGAAACCUGUUCGAUUGCCCAACGCAAAGCGCACACAUAACACCUUUCACUUCGAGGAGGUCAUUCAAGAGGAGGUACAGCCGCCCAAGAAGGAAGAGCCUAAGCCGGAGACCAAGGAAGAGCCCAAGAAGGAGGAGUCUGGUACCGUCGCCGAGUCCAAGGAUGUUGAGAUGACCGACAGCUCUAAGCCAGUCGACGCGCCAACCGAGGGCGAGACGAAGCCGACAGAGCCAGCGGCCACUACAGACGCUGCUGCGCCAGCCGGGACUUCGGAGACAAACGGAACCACGGGCCAGCCCGUCGUUGCGCCUGCAGAAGCUCCCGCCGCUACCAACGGUGUACCGCCCGUCCCCGAGAGGCAGGCUAAGCGGGUGCGCCGCGACAUCGAGGUCGGCCUUGAGCGCUUCACCUUUGCCGACCGCGCCGAGAUCGAUCGCAUUGUCAGCACCAUCUACCGCACUGUCCAGGGCAUCGAGGACAUGUACAUGCGCCCGCAAUGUUGGGAGAACAUUGUGUUCGUCGGCAACGGCUCUCGCCUGCGUGGGCUGAAGGACAACAUCAUCCAGACCCUGACGGCUCGCCACCUCAUCUCGCCCAGUACGGCCACGAUGUUCACCUCGGAGCUCCCCUCCAACAUCGCAACUCCAACGGGAACUGGCGCCCAAACCCCAACCGGCUCUUUCACCGGCGCCCCGCACCAGCUGCCGCCCAACAGUUCGGGCGUGAACCCUCUCCUUCAGGCCGCUACGACGGCCUCUGCGCAGCAACAGGGCACCCCCGGACCCAGCGGCGAGGCUAACGGCACUCCCGGUCCUCAUCACUUCCAUAGCCAGACGCCUACGACCAUCAAGCAGGCUGCGCUCCCCACUUACCUGAGCGAGUGGAACAAGAACGGCUUCGAGGAGGCCAUGUUCCUCGGCGCUCAGGUCGCCGCUCGCAUCGCCUUUUGCCAGCACAACCUCGACAUGGCUGGCCUCGAGGCGCAGCGUUUGGCUAGUCUCAGCAGAGUUGACUACAACGAAAUCGGUCCUAAGGGUAUCAGGACUCACUCUCUGCUGAAGUAA